GAAGAUUCUCCUGCCAAUAACACUGAAAAGAAAGAAAAAGGAACAAGAGCCAUGAUGAAAUGUGUGGUCCUUGUCAUCCUCGGGCUAACUUUGCUGUUGGGAACACAAGCCAUGCCUUCAAGUCGCCUCUCCUGUUACAGAAAGUUGCUAAAAGAUCGUAACUGUCACAACCUUCCGGAGGGCAGAGCCGACCUGAAGCUGAUCGAUGAAAAUGUGCAGCAUCAUUUCUGGGAGGGGAAGGGAUGUGAGAUGAUCUGCUACUGCAAUUUCAGCGAAUUGCUCUGCUGCCCCAAAGAUGUCUUUUUUGGACCAAAGAUCUCCUUUGUGAUUCCCUGCAACAGUCACUGAGGAUCUGCCUGUAUUCUGGAGAACGCCGUCCUGAAGUUCUACACGGUCCCUAAUUUCCCACAAAACUCCAUCAGUAACAUUUCUGACUUCCGUCCAGUGUAUCCAAUCCAGCAUAGAUUCUAUGACAUCUUACUUGAUAGAGUAAACUUGGGCUAAAAU